AUGACAAGAGUCUCGUCCUUCAACGGUUCUGGAAUCGUUGGAAAGAACAAUAUCUGGGUUCUCGCGCUGUAUCUCACAAGCUCCCUCAGCUCCCUAGCAGACAAGAUGACUGUCACCUUUCAACCCGUUUUGCCCCGGACAUCUCCAAGUGAAUUGAAGCAUCAUUCAUUUAUCAACAAAUGCAUCGAUUUCGCGGCCCAGCGUGCCUCCCAGGCUUUACGGUACCAGAUACAGGAUGGGAUUCAAUUUUUACGUGGUUCGGUGGCGACGCCCGUGGAUGGAUAUGGCAAAAAUGCUCGCACUACGAUGGCCGGGAUCGCAAUAUCCCCGAAGAAAAUCCGGCUGAUAACGUCGACUGACUGUGACGAUGCAACGUUCGAAAAUCAGUGGAUUCUCUUCUUUAUGUGUGGAGAACCACAGUACCCAGAUUUGGUGGCCAUGGUGUUCGUUGGAUAA